CGGAGCGCUGCUGGGAGCGAGUGUGAGGGGCUCCCCACGUGGGCGGCGCGGAGGGCGCCCGGAGGGGUGGCGCGUGUUCAGCUCGGCGUCUCGGGCGUGCUUGGCCGAGUAGGCGUCAUCCCUUUGGGUUUGGAGUCGGGGAAACAAGUCCGUGGGGCGGUUAGUCGGUGGAGAGAGCUGCCACUGCCGAGUCCCGGGCCGGCCUGGAGGGGAGCCCCUCAGAUGGUACCUCGCAGGGAGUAAGUGGCCUUCCGGACGCCGCUCGGGCAGUGGGAACAUGAAUCUCUUGCCUAAGAGCUCCAAGGAGUUUGGCUCUGUGGACUAUUGGGAGAAGUUCUUCCAGCAGCGGGGAAAGAAAGCGUUCGAGUGGUAUGGAACCUACCUGGAACUGUGCGGGGUGCUACACAAAUACAUCAAGCCCAGGGAAAGGGUGCUGGUGAUUGGGUGUGGCAACUCAGAGUUAAGUGAGCAGCUGUAUGACGUGGGCUAUCAGGAUAUAGUGAACAUCGACAUCAGCGAGGCAGUCAUCAAGCAAAUGAAGGAACGCAAUGCCAGCCGGCGGCCCCAGAUGAGCUUCCUGAAGAUGGACAUGACCCAGAUGGAAUUUCCUGAUGCCUCGUUUCAGGUGGUGUUGGACAAGGGCACCCUGGAUGCUGUUCUGACAGAUGAGGAGGAGAAGACUCUGCAGCAGGUGGACAGGAUGCUGGCUGAGGUUGGCCGGGUCCUGCAGGUGGGCGGUCGCUACCUCUGCAUCUCCCUGGCUCAGGCUCACAUCCUGAAGAAAGCAGUGGGUCACUUCUCUCGGGAGGGGUGGAUGGUGAGGGUGCACCAAGUGGCCAGCAGCCAGGACCAGGUGUUGGAAGCAGAGUCUCGGUUCUCCCUGCCUGUCUUUGCCUUCGUCAUGACCAAGUUCAGGCCAGUCCCUGGCUCUGCCCUUCAGAUCUUUGAGCUGUGUGCUCAGGAGCAGGGCAAGCCUGUGCGGCUGGAAAGUGCUGAGCGGCUGGUCGAGGCGGUGCGGGAGCGGCAGCAGUAURCCUGGCUGUGCAGCCAGCUGCGCCGCAUGGCCGGGCUGGGGAGUGUGUCCCUGGACUUGUGCAGUGGGGACACGGGGGAGCCACGCUACACCCUGCACGUGGUGGACAGCCCCGCUGUGAAACCAUCGCGGGACAAUCAUUUUGCCAUUUUCAUCAUCCCCCAGGGCCGUGAGACUGAGUGGCUCUUUGGCAUGGAGGAGGGCCGGAAGCAGCUGGCAGCCAGCGCAGGCUUCAGGAGGCUGGUCACAGUGGCUCUUCAUCGAGGUCAGCAGUACGACGGCAUGGACAGUGUUCAGGCUGAGCUGUCCCCCAGAGUCAUGGAGCUGGCUCCGGCCGGGAUGCCCCCCCAGCAGCAGGUGCCCUUCCUGUCUGUAGGUGGGGACAUCGGGGUCCGGACUGUUCAGCACCAGGACUGCAGCCCCUUGAGUGGUGACUAUGUCAUCGAGGAUGUGCAAGGGGAUGACAGGCGGUACUUUCGGCGACUGAUCUUCCUCAGCAACAGGAAUGUGGUGCAGUCGGAAGCCAGGUUGCUGAAGGAUGUGUCUCACCGAGCCCAGAAGAAAAGGAAAAAGGACAAGAAGAAGCAGCGGCCUGCUGAUACUCCUGAGGACCUCCCUCCAGCCCCGGGGCAGUCCGUUGACAAGAGUUACCUCUGUUGUGAACACCAUAAAGCCAUGAUCGCCGGCCUUGCCCUGCUGAGAAACCCAGAGCUGCUCCUAGAGACUCCACUGGCGCUACUGGUGGUAGGCCUGGGUGGGGGCAGCCUCCCCCUGUUUGUUCAUGAUCACUUCCCGAAAUCUUGUGUUGACGCUGUGGAGAUUGACCCCUCCAUGUUGGAAGUGGCCACCCGAUGGUUUGGCUUUGCCCAGAGUGAACGGAUGAAGGUGCACAUCGCCGAUGGCCUGGACUACAUCACCAGCCUGGCGGGAGGAGAAGCACGGCCUCUCUACGACGUCAUCAUGUUUGAUGUAGACAGUAAGGACCCAACACUGGGCAUGAGUUGUCCACCCCCAGCAUUUGUGGACCAACCCUUUCUGCAGAAGGUCAAAAGCAUCCUGACUCAUGAAGGUGUCUUUAUCCUCAACCUCGUGUGCAGAGACUUGGCUCUGAAGGACUCCGUGCUGGCUGGGCUCAAGGCAGCGUUCCCCGUGCUGUACGUCAGGCGAAUCGAGGGAGAAGUGAACGAGAUCCUGUUCUGUCAGCUGCACCCUGGGCAGAAACUUGCCACACCGGAGCUCCUGGAAAUGGCUCAAGCCUUGGAGCGGACCCUGAGGAGGCCUGGGAGGGGUUGGGAUGACACUUAUGUCCUAUCUGAUAUGCUCAAGACGGUGAAGAUUGUCUGACAGCUGAGGCCAAGGAGUCCUUUCKGCUUUCUGUCCCGAUGGCCUUGGAUUUCCAACUUACCAGAGGUUGAAGAAACACAGUGCACCGUACUUUAAAGCCUUGCACUUUUCUUGGUUUCAUACUUAGCCUCGUGCAGCUCCAGCUUGCUGAGGUUUCCUGAGGAUCUAGAAAAAUAAAGUCCUUCCCAUCCUGUUCUCUU